CAUGCAUCGAUGGAUAGUUUUAUCGUUUAUUGUGUUGAGUGCCAGUAUGUUUGAAGCAUCCAAGGUAUCAGAAAACGUGUUGAAAGAUAAUAAAGGUGAGGAAUAUGACGUCAUUGAUGUUCAAAUUGGGAACACAGAUAUUGCAAUAAUACAGAAAGAUGGUGUUAUACUGGCAGACGAAAUUUCCAGUGUAGACAAAGAUUAUUCAAUCAUCAAAUACAACGGAACCUGCAACGUUCAGUUUUAUGAGGAUACUCCAGAUGAUAAGACAUGCUAUGAAGCUUUUGAAGAUAACGCAAGCAUCCCGAAUGACACCAAAGCAGAAAUCAAAGAAGAAUGUGGAGAUUUAGAUAUUGCUUAUGUUAAGGCAGUUGACUGUAACACACAACAUGGCAUCCAAAAAAGGGCCUGUUUCUACUAUUACUACAUUGGUCGAUGUUGCAAAAGGCUGGGAUGGUGGCGGAAAAGAUGUUAUAUUUGUCGGUACAGAGUCAUAAGAUGCUAUUGGCCAUUUGGAAAAUAGAGAUUCGGCUUCAUGCAUUCAGUUUUUUUUUCCUUAUCUCAACUUUUUAUAUCAAGAUUUUAUUUACACUUCUGAAAGUCUUACUUUAUUAUAUAUUUGAAAAUGUAUUUGUCAGUGUGUCUAUCAAGGCGUAGGUGUUAUAAUGAAAAAUGAACAUAUUCUUUAUUCUUAAAUGUUAUAGACAAUUUAUAUCAUACUCAGGAAAAGUGAAAUAACAAAAUACAGAACUCAGAACUCAACGAGUAUAUAAUCAAAGAUGUAGAAAAUGGUGGAUUAGAUCUGAUUUCUUAGCUAUAGAAACCUCUCACGUAAAGAACGAAUAAUUAGUUCAAACUUCAAUUGUAACCUUUUACAAAUAAAUCUUAAAAAUCCUAA